GGCUCUGUUGAAUCUGUUGUUUUCAAUCGUUUGACCAAAUAGACGUUGCUAGGGCAUCUAGCCCGUUAGCAUGUCGAGUUUUAAAUAAUUCUAACGUUACCUGCAAAAAUAUUUGCGGUUUUUGUCGGCGGCAAAUCAUGUGUGAAAUGUAUUUACGAUUUAUGGACAAAUGUUAUCCAUAAUAUUUCGUGACACACUGGCUCACUGUUAGCCAUAUAGCAGGCUGCUCACUGUGUUGACGGACCGACUCAAACAAUCAUACGCGAAUUCUUGGGAUAUUUCAUCUCCUACUUUGGAAGUGGUUUGGGAAUAAGUGCAAUAUGGACACAAAUGUUCAGAAGAGGCGAGAAAACAAGAAGUCGUUACGGGUUAAGGUUAUUAGUCUGGGAAAUGCAGAGGUGGGGAAGAGCUGCAUUAUUAAACGAUACUGCGAGAAGCGGUUUGUGCCCAAGUAUCUAGCCACUAUUGGGAUAGAUUAUGGUGUAACCAAGGUUCAGGUUCGAGACAGGGAGAUAAAAGUAAACAUUUUUGAUAUGGCUGGACAUCCUUUCUUUUAUGAGGUUCGCAAUGAGUUUUAUAAGGACUCUCAGGGGGUGAUUCUGGUCUAUGAUGUUGGUCUGAGGGAGAGUUUCGAUGCUCUGGACAGCUGGCUCACAGAGAUGAAGCAGGAGAUGGGCUCACAGGCCAACAUGGAGAACAUCAUCUUCGUUGUGUGUGCCAACAAGGUUGACCUGACGAAGAGGCGAGUGGUGGAUGAGAGUGAGGGGAGACUCUGGGCCGAGAGCAGAGGAUUUCAUUACUUUGAAACUUCUGCCCAGAGCGGUGAAGGCAUCAAUGAAAUGUUUCAGGCCUUUUUCUCCUCUAUAACUGACAUGUGUGAAAAUGGAGGGAAAAGACCUACUCCUGAGGUCAACGUAGGUUUUACCAAAGAGCAGGCCGACACCAUCCGACGCAUUCGCAACAGCAAAGACAGCUGGGAUAUGCUGGGGGUUAAACCUGGGGCCACAAGGGAGGAAGUCAACAAGGCAUACAGGAAGUUGGCUGUACUGUUGCACCCGGACAAGUGUGUGGCCCCAGGAAGUGAGGAUGCCUUUAAAGCAGUGGUUAACGCUCGCACGUCCCUGCUCAAGAAUAUCAAUUGAUCAGCUUCACAUUGCCAUUAGUUGGAGUUGGAGAGUUACCUCGCAUUUGCAGAGUUCCCUUCUCAGUGAAGAUUACGCUUAAGACACAUGGAGAAGCCUCUGGACUCCAACAAAGACUUAGUUACAGCUGAGUUUGAUGUAUAGCUAUGACACGGUCACCACAGUCGUCCUGUUUAUAAUGUAAUAUACUGUACAUGUACAUGUGAAAAGUUGUAAUAGGGAAACAACAUUAAUGCUCUAAGGAGCAUAUCUGACAUUUCCCAGUCUGUCCUGUGACAUCUGACUUUUGUGCUGAUUUGCUCCCAUAGACAUACAGGUGAAAGACCUUUUAUCUACAGAUUUGCGAGUCAGACUUAGCAUUCUAACGCUCUUGUUUAAUCCCGAUGCACUUUGCAAGGAUACCAUGACCUACAUCGGUGAUUCCCAGUUUUUCCUCUGCUUCACCUUAGCUCACUCCAAAAAGGAGGAAUAGCACGAAACAUGUACUGUAAUUUGAACAAUACCUUUGCUUCAGUGAAAUUUAACAGUAGAUCUGGGUUUAAAAAAUCUUACUACUAGAUUCAAUUUAGUAGAUUGUCACAAGUCUUUUGAGGAGAAUCAAAUUUACAAACAUCAGUUCAUUUAAAUCAACUUGUUCAAGAAACAUGGUAUGUCAUGCAAAUGCAAUUUGUUCAUUUGACUUAAAUUAUGUACUUAUGGAUACUACAUGUAGGCUAUAGUCUUUUUUAACAAUGGUUUUACCAAACAUACACUACUGUUCAAAAGUUUGGAGUCAGUAAUUUUUUUAAAUUGUUUUAAAGGGUUAGUUCACCCAGAAAUAAAAACUCUGUCAUUAAUUACUCACCCUCAUGCCGUUCCACACCUGUAAGACCUUCGUUCAUCUUCUGAACACAAAUUAAGAUAUUUUUGAUAAAAUCCAAUGGGUCAGUGAGGCCUGCAUUGAAAGCAAGUUAAUUUACACUUUCAAACGCCCAGAAAGGUACUAAAAACAUAUUUAAAACAGGUCAUGUGACUACAGUGGUUCAACCUUAAUGUUAUGAAGCGACGAGAAUACUUUUUGUGUGCCAAAAAAAAAAAAAAAAAAGACUUUAUUCAACAAUAUCUAGUGAUGGGCGAUUUCAAAACACUGCUUCAAGAAGUUUUAUGAAUCUUUUGUUUUGACUACCACUGUAGUCACAUGAACUGUUUUAAAAAUAUUUUUAGUACCUUUCUGGGCGUUUGAAAGUGUAAAUUAACUUGCUGUCAAUGCAGGCCUCACUGAGCCAUCGGAUUUUAUCAAAAAUAUCUUAAAUUGUGUUCCGAAGAUGAAUGAAGGUCUUAUGGGUGUGGAACGACAUGAGGGUAAGUAAUUAAUGACAGAAAGGCUUGGGAAAGGUCCCGAGCUGGGACUCAAAUUCGGGUCUCUCACAGCAUAACGGCGCUAUAUGUUGGCGCGCUGCCCACGAGGCUAUCGGCGCCGACAUUAGAAUGAUUUUUGAAGGAUCAUGUGACACUGAAUAUCCAGCUUUUUUCAUCACAGGAAUAAAUUACAUUUUAAAAUAUAUUAAAAUAGAAAACAUUUAUUUUAAAGUGUAAUAGUAUUUCACAAUUUACUGUUUUACUGUAUAUUUGAUCAAAUAAAUGCAGCUGUAGUAAGCAUAAGAGACUUCUUUAAAAAAAAAAAAAAAAAAAAGUUAAAUAAUCUUACUGAUCCAAGACUUUUGAACGGUAGUCUAGUACAUGUUGUGGUCACUAGUGCCAAGAAUAUAUUUAAGUGUAUAAGAGUACCGUUUACCAAUCUUCACAAAAUGUUUGGUGGUUUUGCAAAGCUAAAAAAAGAAUUGUUGAUGUUGACACCAUAUCUAAUGUAUAUAUAUGAUUGAUUUCUCUAUACUCUGAAGUGUAUUAGGCAUUAAAGGAACUCUCUGUGAAUCUGUCACAGUGAUGGUAUCUGGUCCCAGGAUAACACAAGAAGAAAGGGGCUUUGUUUACACCAAAAUUGGAAUAAAUAGAGUUAAUAGAGAUAAAACUGUUACAUUAGCAGAGCUGUGUAGAUGUGCCAACAUGCAUUAGUUCAACAAUGUUUUGUUUGGCCCUUGUAUAUUAAUAAUAAUCACUGUAUUGCAAGUAUAUCAAAUAUUGUAUUUUUUUAUGGAACCGUGGCGUUUACAACAUGAUGUAGGUGUACAUGUAACCAUUAUUUAUAUUUUUAAAUAUUUAUCUAAAAGUUAACGUUUUGUGAUCUGUUUCAUCUGUUUAUUUUGAAUGGCAUUUGAUAAUGUGCUGCCUUAUUCGCUAUGUUGGACUAUGUAACGUAUCCGAACAAUGUUUGACUGUGGCAUCAUCUGUAAUGUGAAAAGAUGAGUUGUAUUCCUAAAUGUUUCAUUAGCUACCCUCACUACACAAUAUUGAAUCUUUUAACUGGAGUCACUUUUGUUUCUGCCUUUCGUUUAAUUGUGUGACAUUGACUUGUCUGAGUAUACAAUGUGUUAAGGCAUGAAUAAGAAGCAUGUUUGUGAUUAUGCAGAAUAGAAAGAUGAGGCCUGUUUAAAUGAAUGCCAAGGCCACUGCUCAAUGGGAAAAGUGGCUCUGUUUUAUGCACAGAAGCAUUUACUUUCUCCAUUCGGCUUAUAUAGCAUAAUAAAGGAAUAAUUUUAAAUCA